AUGGGCAAGGGUCCAGGACUCUACUCUGAUAUUGGCAAAAGAGCUAGAGAUCUUUUAUACAGGGAUUACCAGAGUGACCAGAAGUUCACCAUCACUACCUACUCGCCCACUGGAGUGAGUAUCACUUCCUCCGGAACAAAGAAAGGUGAACUGUUUCUGGCUGAUGUCAAUACUCAAUUGAAGCACAAGAAUAUCACAACUGAUGUUAAAGUAGACACAAACUCCAAUCUCUUCACCACUGUCUCAAUUGAUGAGCCUGCUCCUGGGUUGAAGACAAUUUUAAGUUUCCGAGUUCCUGAUCUAACGUCUGGAAAGCUGGAACUUCAAUACUUGCAUGACUAUGCUGGAAUAAGCUCCAGUAUUGGAUUGACAGCUAACCCCAUUGUGAACUUUUCGGGUGUAUUGGGAAAUAAUACUCUUGCUGUGGGGACUGACGUGUCAUUUGACACCAAGGAAGGAGCUCUUACUAAAUGCAACUUCGGAGCAAGCUUCACAAAUGCUGAUCUUGUUGCUUCAUUGGCUCUGAAUGACAAAGGUGACACUCUAAGUGCAACAUACUACCAUACAGUGAGCCUGUUGACCAAUACUGCUGUUGGUGCUGAAGUGACCCAUAGCUUCUCGACCAAUGAGAAUACUAUCACAGUUGGCACUCAGCAUUCAUUGGACCCAUUGACUACGGUGAAGGCCCGAGUCAACAACUUUGGUAAGGCAAGUGCUCUUCUCCAGCAUGAGUGGCGUCCUAAAUCUCUCAUCACUUUUUCAACUGAGGUGGACACCAAGUCUAUUGAUAAGAGUGCAAAAUUAGGGCUGGCUUUGGCCCUCAAGCCAUAA